AUGCAGCGAAGCUUCACCAUCCUCUACACCAGUUUACUGGGGAUGUGCUUGGGUUCAACCUCAAGUUUUCCAAGUAACAUCAAUAUAGGAGGAUUGUUCCCAACCGAAUCGCACGAAUAUGAGGUUUUUCGGUUCGCCCUCUCUCACCACCAGGACAUCCCCAAACUGGUGCCGCAGGUGGAUAUGGUCAAGAUGGGGAAUAGCUUCUCCAUGACAUAUGCCUUUUGCUCCCAGUUCUCCAAAGGUGUGUAUGCCAUCAUUGGCUUAUACGACAGGAAGACAGUCAACAUGCUCAUGUCUUUCUGCGGAGCUUUGCAUGUCUGCUUCGUCACACCGUCUUUCCCAAUUGAGACGGCCAACCAGUUUGUCAUCCAGCUGAGGCCUGAGCUCCAGGAUGCUCUGGUGGGAGUGAUCGAACACUACGGAUGGACCAAGUUUGUCUACAUGUACAGUUCUGACUCAGGCCUAUCAGUGCUGCAAAAAGUUCUGGACACAGCAGCAGAGAGGAACUGGCUGGUGACCUCGGUUAAUGUGGAGACCAUGACGGAGGCUUCCUUCUUGAAAGUGUUCCAGGAUUUGGACAAGAGGAAGGAGGGUCAGAUUAUUAUUGAUUGUGAGACUGAGAGACUUACUGGCAUCCUAAAAAAGAUUGUCGAGCAGGGCAAGAAUGCAAAGAGCUACCACUACAUCCUGGCUAACCUGGGUUUCUUGGACAUUGACCUGACAGACCUGAGGAAAGGUGGGGCAAACAUCACCGGCUUUCAGCUCGUCAACAACUCGGAGCCCACCGUCAGCCGCAUCGUCCAGCAGUGGAUGGAGUUUGACAAUAAAGAUUCCAAAGUGCCCAAGAGUGGAUUAAAAUACACAGGUGCUCUAACAUAUGACGGGGUGAAGGUCAUGUCCACGGCUUUCCAGAAUCUAAGGAGACAGAGGAUAGACAUUUCUCGCAGGGGCAACGCUGGAGAGUGUCUUGCCAACCCACCAGCUCCCUGGGGACAGGGCAUAGACAUCCAGCGAGCUUUGCAGCAGGUCCGCAUAGAUGGACUGACUGGUCACAUUCAGUUCAAUGAGAAAGGCCGCAGAACCAACUACACUGUUAGUGUCAUGGAACUGGCCCCAUCUGGACCAAAGAAGGUCGGCUACUGGAAUGAGGAUGAGAAGUACGUGACCACCGCCAGCUUCGUGAGAGGCAGCAACGAAACCUACGGCCUGCAGAACCGAACUUACAUAGUUACCACUAUCUUGGAGUCUCCAUAUGUGAUGCUGAAGAAGAACCACGAGCAGCUUGCGGGCAACGAUAAAUACGAGGGCUACAUUGUCGAGUUGGCUGCAGAAAUAGCCAAACAUGUGGGCUACCAGUACAAACUGAAGGUUGUGUCGGAUGGCAAGUAUGGAGCCCGAGAUCCUGAGACCAAGAUGUGGAACGGUAUGGUUGGAGAACUGGUGUAUGGGAAAGCAGAUGUGGCUGUUGCUCCUCUGACUAUCACCUUGGUCCGUGAAGAAGUCAUCGACUUCUCCAAGCCCUUCAUGUCACUGGGUAUCUCCAUCAUGAUCAAGAAACCUACUAAAUCCAAACCUGGCGUGUUUUCAUUCUUGGACCCUCUCGCUUACGAGAUCUGGAUGUGCAUAGUAUUUGCCUACAUUGGCGUCAGUGUCGUCCUGUUCCUCGUCAGUCGAUUCAGCCCGUACGAGUGGCACGCUGAGGACUACGAGGAGGGUGGUGAGCCGCAGAGUCCCACUCAAGCUUCGGCUAACGGGAUGCAGCAGGGCCAGACGGCAACACAGCAAAACACCAACCAGCAGAGUCCAGAGCAGACCAAUGAGUUCGGCAUCUUCAACUCCCUUUGGUUCUCACUGGGGGCGUUCAUGCAGCAAGGCUGUGAUAUCUCGCCACGCUCUCUGUCAGGCCGCAUUGUCGGAGGCGUUUGGUGGUUCUUCACCCUCAUCAUCAUCUCAUCCUAUACUGCCAACUUGGCCGCCUUCCUGACAGUGGAGAGGAUGGUGUCUCCUAUAGAGAGUGCUGAGGAUUUGGCCAAGCAAACAGAGAUUGCCUAUGGAACACUGGACGCUGGCUCCACCAAAGAGUUUUUCAGGAGGUCGAAGAUCGCUGUGUUUGAGAAGAUGUGGUCCUACAUGAAGGCGGCUGACCCAUCCGUGUUUGUCAAGACCACAGACGAGGGUGUAAUGAGAGUCAGGAAGUCCAAGGGCAAGUACGCCUACCUGCUGGAGUCCACGAUGAACGAGUACAUAGAGCAGAGGAAACCCUGCGACACUAUGAAGGUGGGAGGGAACCUGGACUCUAAAGGUUAUGGCAUCGCCACACCCAAAGGCUCUCCUCUCAGAAACCCAGUAAACCUUGCAGUGUUAAAACUGAACGAGCAGGGCCUCUUGGACAAAUUGAAAAACAAGUGGUGGUACGACAAGGGAGAGUGCGGCAGCGGGGGCGGGGACUCCAAGGACAAGACAAGCGCUCUGAGCCUCAGCAAUGUGGCGGGAGUCUUUUACAUCCUGAUCGGCGGCCUGGGCCUGGCCAUGCUGGUGGCACUGGUGGAGUUCUGCUACAAGUCCAGGACCGAGUCGCGCCGAAUGAAGCAAUCCAUCAACGACGCCAUGCGCUGCUCCACUCUGACCAGGAUGAGUGGCAACGGGAGCGGCGGAGAGAACGGACGAAUCCUCACCCACGACUUCCCCAAGACAGUUCAGACACUGCCCUGCAUGAGCCACACCGCCAGCAUGGGACUGGGUGCUUCCGGCAUGUGA